AUGGUUCAUGACCACACCUCCUCAAAAGGCGCUUACCUUUCAUCCAUGGUGGCUGCCAUUGGAGGCUUUCUUUGUGGAUUUGAUACUGGUGCUACAGGAGGUGUGCUCACUAUGGCACCUUUUCGGCAACGUUUCUUUACAAAUGAACACCCACCAUCCUCCUCCUCAUCGGAAUACCUUGAAGGAAGUUUCUUGGCAACCUAUCUCAUGAUGGCAGCUAUAGGCUCCUUUUCAUCCGGUUACUUUUGUGAUCGUUGGGGUCGUAAAUAUACCAUCAUCCACGCCAGCUGGCUUUUUUGCAUGGGUAAUUUGUGCAUUGCCGUGGGAUCCAAUUUGUCACUUGUAUUGGUGGGUCGUAUGCUUGCAGGAGGAGCAGCGGGUCUCAUGUCAAAUGCCAUUCCGAUCUAUCAAGUGGAGAUUGCACCACCCCAAGUCCGCGGACGACUCAUGAGCUUCUUUACGUUGAUGAGCAUCAUGGGACAAGUUGCCGGUUACUUUGUCACGUUUGGAACCAGCUAUCUGAUGACGAGCACUGAUUGGUGUUGGCGUACGCCAUACCUGUUGCAAUGUUUUGUUAGCCUUGUGUUUAUCUCUUGCAUGUUGCCUAUGCCCCUAUCGCCUCGAUUCUUGAUUACCCAAGGGCGUAUCCAACAAGCUCUUGCAACGCUAAAAGACCUCCAUGGCUCAAUCGCGGAAUACGACUCGAUCCAAAAAGAAAUCAGCAUGAUCGACUCUACAGAAAAGGCAACUCUGACGGAUUUGAUGUGGGGGCCCGUGCAUCGUUAUCAAUUUUGGAUCAGCGUGUUUAUUGUCACUGCCACUUCCAUGACAGGCACAGCUGCAGUAUGGUAUUAUGCACCUCAAAUUUUUAUUGCAGCGGGAUUGACGAAUGUAUCAUCAUCGAUUGCAGCUACAGCUGGCAGUGGGAUAGUAUCACUGAUAGCCACGGCGAUAUCCUUAGGAUGGUGGAUUGAUCAUUUGGGUCGACGACGAUUAUUCCUUUGGGGAAGUGCCGUGAUGAGCAUUAGCUUAUUUACCGUGGGGGUUGUAUUUGCACAUGGUGGUGGUGAUGAUCCUCCAUCCACAGCAGCUCUUUGGAUAAUUAUCUUUUCAAUCUACGUUUUCAUCGCCGCCUUUGCAGCCACGUGGGGUGUUGGCACGUUUGUCUAUCCAGCAGAAAUCUUUAGUACACGAUGCCGAGCACUCGGCCUAGCGGUGGUUUAUGGCUUAAGCUGGGUGUAUUCAACUCUCAUUGGUUAUGGUGUCCCCAUAUUUCUAUCACGCUCAGUGGCAGGUGUCUUUUUCUUUUUUGCUGCAUGUACAGCAACAUCCAUCAUUGGUGUUUGCUUUAUACCCGAAACCAAAGGCGUUGCCCUGGAAGAAUUACAACCCCUCUUUCAUUCUCUUUAG